AAGUGAAAAGUGAAACGUAACACUGCCUCCAGCUUGCAGUUUGCCAUUUGUCAUUCAUUUAUAAAAAGGGGGGAUCGGGCACAGUCCUAUUGGUAGGCUCAAGGACCGUCUGUUAUAUACGUAUAUAUAGAUAUAUUUCUAUAUAUGUAUAUACGGGAUGCUUGUUGUCGCACAGGACUGUUAAUGGGGGAUCGCUGGUGACAAAAAAGUGUCUUUGUUGAAGUAAAAAGAAAGCAGACGACGAGCUGAUGACGUUGAGCUACGUACAAAUUUCUCCCCAGUUACAUAUACAAGCAUGCCGAUUCAGGCGCCCUCAUGGACAGACUUUCUCAACUGUCCCAUCUGCUGCAAUGAGUUUGAAGCCAGCCAGCGUGUGCCGAUCAGCCUCGGCUGUGGCCACACUAUAUGCAAGCCCUGUCUGACCACACUCUACAAUCGGCAAUGUCCCUAUGAUCAGACUCUAAUUGUGACGGACAUCAACAAUUUGCCCUUUAACUAUGCGUUACUGCAACUGGUGGGCAAUGGAAAUGGAAACGGAAACGGAAACGGAAAUGGAAAUGGCAAUGGCAAUGGGAACAGUGGAAGUGGUGCAGUUNGUCUCAGCAGUUUACUUAACUUUGUUGGCUGGGCAAUCUACUCGUUAUCCUUCAUCUUCUAUUAUCUUAUCUCGUCCCUCCUGGCCUCCAAUUGGACUGGUCUGAUAACAGCGCUCUCUCUGCUGGGCAUUUUCUAUUGGCUAAUGGGCGUGGCAAUUAAUAAGACACAGAUUAGCAAAGCCUCCAGUUACGGUGCACAAAGCAACAAAACUAGCGCACAUUAAUUUGUAUAAAUACAAAAAUCCAAUUAUUUCGUUGUUUGUUAACGAGCGUGUUUAGUCAAUGAGCCAAGCUGAUAAUCUCACAAUUAUAUAUCUCUAUACACAAAUAACUUUUAAUCGUGGAUUUUUGCUUGAUAUGUCUUAUCAGCAGUCUUUAUCUCAAAUUUCUGUUCGUUUUUUGGCUAUGAGUAACAAGCUAUCAGUUUGGAUAUAAAUUUAAUGAAUUAAUACAUGGAUAAGGUGUCGCACACUAGACAUACGAAACGUUGAAAUUAUGCAAUAAAAUUAAAUCAAU